AUGACCGAAAAACAAACCUUCAAAUAUUUCGAAGACAAAAAAUUGUCUAUUGUAUGUGCACCAUUCUGUGGUGGUCAAGGUAAAGGAGGUGUCGAGAAAGGUCCUAGAUAUUUUUUGAAAAAUGGGCUCGAGAAUGAUUUGAAAGACCUUGGUUGGAAUACCAAGGUCGAAUCGCCAAUUGAUGAAAUGGAAAUUAUGGAAAAAUUGAAAGUACAUACUGGAACAGAUUUCUACAAGAAUGCAAAGAGACCAAAUUUGGUUGGUGAAGUCAGUAAGAAAAUUCAUGAUAGUGUAAAAGAAGUCCUUUCUCAAGAUCGUUUCCCAUUAACUUUAGGUGGUGAUCAUUCUAUUGCAAUAGGUACUGUAUCUGCAGUCAUUGAAAAAUAUCCUGAUGCAGGUUUAUUAUGGAUUGAUGCUCAUGCAGAUAUCAAUACUUUGGAGAGUACUGAUUCAGGUAAUUUACAUGGUUGUCCUGUAUCAUUUUUAAUGGGAUUAAAUAAACCAGAAGAUACGCCAACAGCAUUAAAAUGGUGCCCAGGUACCUUAAAACCAAACAAGAUAGCUUACAUAGGCCUAAGAGAUGUUGAUGCAGCUGAAAAGAAAAUUAUUAAGGACCUUGGUAUUGCUGCAUUUUCCAUGUAUCAUGUGGAUAAAUACGGAAUUAACAAUGUCAUUGAAAUGGCUUUGAAAGCAAUUCACCCAAAUGGUAAUGGUCCAGUUAUGUGUUCUUAUGAUGUCGAUGCUGUCGAUCCACUUUUUGUUCCUGCUACAGGCACCCCAGUUAGAGGUGGUCUAACUCUAAGAGAAAGUUUAUUUUUAGUUGAAAGAUUGGCGGAAACUGGUGAUUUGGUUGGAUUGGACAUUGUGGAAUGUAAUCCAAACCUUGCUGUUGACGAUAUUCAUGUCACUAACACCAUAUCUGCUGGUUGUGCUAUUGCUAGAUGUGCCUUAGGGGAAACUCUUCUAUAA